AUGCUUGACUCUAUUCUAGAUGUGUUUGAUGGAACUGGUCAAGCAUGGAAGGUUGUAAAUGAUGAUACAGAAGAAGAAUCAGGUGGAGAAAAAAAUAAAAACUUAUCAUUUUUCACAAAAAAAACAAAUGAAUGGACUGAAAAGUGGAAUUGUCAUUGUUAUGAGGUGUAUAAGAGUGUUGCUAAAAAAGAUGCAAAUAAAAAACCAUUUAAUCCAAAAAAAAUUCAAAAAAUGUGGAUAUAA